AUGAAUUCAUUUGGAAAUGAUAAUAUCAUUUAUAUUGAUUCCCCAUCUCCUUCUAUCGAUCAAAUUGUAACGGAAGAUGAAGAAUCUAUGAUAGAAGACUUUAAUUCAAUGCCUCUGUGUCUCCCAACCAGUUCAUCAACUACCCCUUUGAAUUCUCCUCCACCAAAUUUUAACUCAAGAAAAUUAAAUAAACGGUCUAUCAAUUUAUCUGAUUCCAUUUUAGAUAAACCAUCUAAAAAAUCAAAAGAUUACUCUGAAUAUGUCGCACGAGGUUACUUAUGUCUUGCUAAAUUCAGAGAAUGGAAAAAUAAUGAUGGUUCAUAUUUUCCGAUAUCUGUGAUGAAUUUAUGUAAUUAUUUACGGGUCAAGAUGUUAACUAAUAAUGUAAAAAGUUUGGAUUGGAAUAUUAACGCCCUUAGCAAAUAUCAAAAAAAUGUUUUAAAUAUUCAAAAUUGGACCGAUGUAAAAUUUCAUAAAGAUGUUAAAGAUUUAAUGGAUCAAAUUCGGGAAGAUAAGAUGAAAGAUGAUAAUAUAAAAAAAAAAGUUGAUGAGACUAGCUCUAAUAUUGAAAGAACGAAAGAGAAAGAUACAGCUUCUAGUAGAAUUAUUCCGAUUUUUGAUCCUGCAAGUGUUACCAGUAUUGCUCCAUUUCCAUUUCCGAUUCCGCAGAUACAAUUUCCUUGUGUUGAUAUACCUUACGUUAUUAAAUAUAUACCCGAUUGUAACUUUAUAAACAUGUUCCCAACUCAAAAAUCUUUGGACGAAAGAUCUGAGGUUUCUUACACCAUGUCAUCUACUAACAGCGACACUUCUCAAAUACCAAUUACAGAAGAACCUGUGAUUUCUCAAAUACCAAUUACAGAAGAAUCUGUGAUUUCUCUAAUUUCUACGCAAGAUGUUGUGGAUGUUUCUUCAGCUCAAAUAGAUUACUACCCGCAAAUUUUUACGGUAUCUCACAAAGAUCAUUGGAAAGGAAACGAUGAGCAAAAAGAGCAAAAAGAGAUCCAAGAAGAUGUGAAUGAACCUGAAAGUUUUAAAUCUUGCUACGAAAGAUCUCUUUCUAUUCUUAAAUCAUUAUAUGAAGAUCAUUGUGACUUUCAUCCUGAUGGUUGUGUUUUGCUACCAGAUGAUCUUCAUUUCGUUCUUAAUGAUACGCUUUAUCGUCAUUGGGCUUUAUUAUGCGCGUCAGGUGAUGAUUUUGUCGAAACGGAAUUACCGGUUUCAAAUGAAUUGGAAGAAUUUUCCAAGAGUCAUGCUGUCAAAAUUUAA